ACUCUUUUUCCGCAUUUAGUUUAGAUCUAAGAAUCUAAUCUCUACAUCUUCUAAUCAAGUUUAUCAAGAGAUCUCUGUACUACUUCAGAUCUAGUCUAGAUUCUAUAUAUAAUUAAUAUCUUCAUGGAGUCUAGAUCUAUGUCUAGAAUCUUGUUAAUCAUAAAUCUGAAAAAUUAAAUGGAAAAUGCCUCACUGCUAAAUGAGUAAAAAAUGAGCUGGUUCAAACGUGGUAGCGAUAGAAAGUCUCCAGAAUCUCCUGCACCACCCCAUGCUGACACUGACCCCAAUACUUGCCUUGAAGUCUUUCAAAAUCACUGGAAACAGGCUUUAGCAGUGAUUUCUUGUCAAGAUAAAAAAUCAUCUCUAUCUAAUGGACGAGCCACCCCUGAUGGUGUGGCUACUGUGCUCAGUAAUUUGGAACAUAUGGUCACACUUCUUGUGAAUGAAGACGAUGAUGGUGGUUUACCAGGACCCAUACUGAAAUGUGUAUUGAGUACGGAGCUGUUGGAAAGUUUCUGUGAUUGGUGUGCACUAAAUGUGCCAGUCCAUGAAAAGUUGCGUCUGCAGCAACUGCGACUGUUUGAACUUAUCAUCAGCCAGUCCAAACAGCUACUGCUGGUUCAUAAACCUGUGAUCAAACCACUUUUAAAGCUACUAAUUGCAGUAUCAGACUCGCAAGAAAUCAACAAUGGAGAAUUGGAAUUCAAGUUGGUUCUUGUUCUGCAUCAAAUUUGUAUCUGUAUAUCACAACAAAGUCUGAUACUAGAAAGUUUCUUCAGCACUGAUACAGAUCAUGGCCCAGCUCGUUUCCUGAUAUUUUCUCUUCUGAUUCCAUACAUCCACCGAGAAGGUCCAGUAGGGCAGAGAGCCAGGGAUGCCCUGCUCCUCAUUAUGACGUUGUCAGCAAGGCACCCCCACAUUGGUCAAUACAUUGCCAAUAACUCUGACUUUUGUCCUGUUCUGGCGACUGGCCUUAGUGGCCUCUACUCCUCCCUGCCAAGAAGGUUGACUCCUCCCUCGGAUGACUGGCAUGCUAUUACCCGGGAGGACUGCAUACGGAUUCCUGAUCUCCAGAUGUUUCUUAAUUCAUUACAGUUUUCCAAUGCUGUGAUACAAGUUGCUCACCCACUAGUUAGAGAUCAGCUAAUACAUUUUAUAUAUUCUGGUUUCCUGGUCCCAGUUCUUGCCCCUGCUCUGCAUCAGGACAUACCCGGCCUUCCAAUUCCCUUGCUAGAUGCAGACAUGUUCAGGAUUUCCAGGGAAGAGAUUAUGACGGCCACAGCCUACCUUGACUUGUUUAUCAGGCAUGUCACUGACCCUCAUCUAUUGAAAGCCACCCUCAAGUUUGUUAUGACUGAGAAGUAUGAUGAUGUCCAUCUCUUGGACUCCCUGCUGCAGAGGAUCAACUCUAACACCAAUCUGUCUACAGUGACUCUUGCUCUAUUUCAUACUUUAAUAGACUUGAACUGCGAGGAUGUUAUGUUUCAGUUGAUCUUCAGGUAUCUUGUGCCAUGCACCCAUGUGAUGGUCAGCCAGCGGCUAUCCAUUCGUGACCUUGACCUCUAUGGCAAGUCGGCUGAGAAGUUUCUAUCUCUGAGGCCAUCCUGUUGCAUUCAGCCAUCUUUCUCCUUGGCCAAUGCUUCCAAGGCCAACCCCCUCACCCCUGCACACCUUUCCAGCACUGCCAAUGCGGCACCAUCUCCCAGGAGUUCAACUUUUUACACCCCCUUUCCAUUGACUAGCCCCAGUACAGUGGCAUCAACCUCUUCAUUGGAAAGUCAACUGCAAGGGGAGAGCAGCUAUUUUGAAUAUCUACAUGAUGCCAGGCGGCGGCUGGAACAGACAGGCCAGGCUUGUCGCCACUGGACCUUUGCUUACGAUGGGGAGAGCCCUCUUCCUGAUAGCAUUAAAAAGUUAGAAGCAUCCAUUGAGGAGAAGUCUAAGGCUGCAGAUAACAAAAAGCAGGAGUUGUCACCAAAAACUGGUUUCUUGGAGGUGGGUGCUAUAGAUAAACUGGAAUCUUCAAAUAAACCCAUUACAUCACCAAAGAACGAACAACCUUUGAUUAGCAGUGUGAAGGAAAAGGCUGUACUACCCAAUACUAACAUGUGCAAUAAUAAGACUAUCUCUGGAAACAAUAGAGAGGUGAAUCCUAAGCUUUUUGUCAGCUUAGAAAAUUUGGAGUCUUUUAUGAGUUACCUCUCCAGUGUUGAGAUUGACAGUGGUGAAUUUACUGGUCACUCCAUGGAGGAGGUCAUAUCCUCUUUCAAUGACUUUUUGGACUUCACAGUGAACAGGCAUGCUAACAAACAUAGAGAGCUUGGGGACUCGUGUGAUAAAAAUUCAGUCAAGGUAGGCAGUCCCAGCAGCAUCAAUACAUUCAGCAAGACUAUUAACCACAAUCCUGUCUUAAUCAGCAGUGUUAAUCCUGUUAGUAGCUCAUCUGAAGCAUCUGAUCUAACUUUAAAAAAUGUAGAUAGCAAUGACUCUCCAACAGCAGUCACUAAGUCUUCCACCAGUGCUGCCUCUUCCCACAAGGAGCGCAGUGUACCGAAAGAUUUUCCCAGCAGCUUGAGGACCAACCUGAAUCCCUUGUAUGCUGGAACCUCUCCUGUCAAGCCCUUGCCAAGUUCAAGUGAAAUAUUGUCUCCCUUGAGGACAGAAGAUCCUGUCAGUCCAAAUUAUAGAAGGCAGUUGAACUAUUCAAAUGAUCCUCCUAAUAUAGGACCUUUUCUGUGUAACUUGUUGUCAAGGUUGGAAGGGAUGAUUGGUAACUCACUGUACUUCAACCUUCUGCUGACUGACAUCAUAUCCAGGCUGGCUGCUUACCCACAGCCUCUCUUACGGUCAUUUCUACUUAACCACAAUUUGGUGUUUCAACCAACGGUCAAGUCACUCUUCCAGGUGUUAUCCUCACUCAGGCAAAAGGUGGAAAGUUUUUCAGUCACUGUCCAGCAGUUUGAUGCCAUGGUAAACAAUGCUCGGCAAAACCUGUCCCAGCGUGAGGACAUGCUGUUUCAAUUCUAUGACCUGGAAGCUAUCGGCUCUCCCGCUGCACAGCUGUCCUUAAUGCCCAACCCAGUGAAAAUUCGUGCUGACACUAUUGACUUAGGGAUUCCGAUCAGGGAUAAGAAGAAAGUGACAUUAAGUGAUUUAUUCUUUCGGCGUCCCACCAAAGGAAAACUGGCUGCUUCAACCAAAGACAGCAGCCAAUUGCAAAAUGUGCAGGUUGAUGGUCAAACAGCUUAUCGAUUUCUCAGCAGUGGUAAUGCCCAGAGCCCUGGUAGUCAGGCUGGUAUUCACUCUUUGGCGACCUGGAAUGCUGUGUACUGUGCUUUGAUUCUAGAUGAGUUUUUAAAGGAACUAGCAGCCUUAUCCCAGGAACAUUCAGUGCUGCAUCUGGAUGAAGGCUACCUCAGCAGCUGAUGCUUUUCCUCUAUAGUUGUAUAUUUAAUGACAUCUCUGUGUCACAGAGAUUCAAAUUCUUGUUUCAAUUUUAAUAUCACUUUUAAUUUUAUUUAUUUUUAAUUCAAUACAUUUUUAUUUUCCCUUCUUUCAAUAGUAUUUAUCAUACCACAUAGCUGAAUUUAAAAACCAUCACUUUCGGCAUAUUUUUCUAAGGGAUAAUAAUGAGGGUAAGAAUUGAAUAUUUGAGCAGAUCAUCAGGUGUUUUCCCAAUGGCCCCAGGCUUGAGUGCUGCCUGCCGCCAAUCUCUGCCUUCCUCCAGGAAGUCUUGGAUUGGACGUAAAAAUCUACAUUUCUGAUGAAAUGUCUGAAACUUCUAAAACAGAUGUUUGUUCAGUACAUUUAAAAAUAAAUAGCUUUUAUGUGUUUUAAGGUUUGGAAUAAAAUGUUGUCAUGAUGGAUUUUGUGUUGAUCAGACAAUGAUAUUGCAUAUAUUUAAGUUAAGUUUGUGAUGCUCCAAUUUGUUAAAUUCUCUCUUCAAAACAACUUUGGAUCACUCAAACAAUAUUGUGAUUCUGAAGAUACUACUUUAAAGUGUAAACUCAAACUGAAAUGUUUUUCAGAUAAAUACAAAACAUUUAUUCUAGAACUUGGAAUCACUAUGAUGAUAAACACACUUCAUAAAUAUACAAUACAAUUUAAUUUCAAUAAAUUUAUUAAUAGUGUUUUUCAAUCUACGUCUUGUCACAUCUCCUUGAACCAUCUAUUCGGCUAUCUUCUUGUGGUAUACAUUACAAAUCAAGCAUUCUGUGUUGAUGAUCCUACAAUCCAUGUUUUGGGGUUCCUUUUUCUGCAUAUUUUUAUCUAGUCUUAAAAAUUUUAAUUUUAUAUUUGUUUGUUGUCAUUUUGUUUUUAUAUUGAUGUUAAUUAAAUGAGACCUAUGUUCAGAAGGACCUGAUAAGAUCAGGUUAAAGUGUCUUAAUCAAUGUUUUCCCAUCCAACUUUUGGAGGUGGCUGAGCAAAGGAUUUCAGGGGCCCUUUGAAAAUGAAAAAAAAAAAAUAAUUUUUAGGUUGGCUUGUAAUUUUUUUUUAAGGUAUGGAAUCCAAGCUUAGGAACUGCUAAUCUAAAUGAACUAUCACCUCACCUAAAGCAUUAUUUGAUUAGUUAGUAAUAGAAAUGUUUGUAAAUGGAGUUGAUUUGUGUGUAUGAAAACAUCAAAUUUUAAUUCUCACAAAAUCAAAAAGCUGUUUUUUUUUUCAUGAAUUUUACUAACUUACAUUGGCUGUUAUUACUGAAUUUCUAGAUCCUAUCUAAAUAAUGUUUAUCAAUCUUAUGCUAGAUUUAAAAUGUAGGAAGUACUCACAACAUAUUAAUUCAAAUGUAACCUCUUUUUUUAUUUAAUCAUGCUUGUUUGAAAUAUAAUAUUUUAUUGGUAAUGCUAAAUGGAUGUUUGCAAUUUGUUUUUGCCAAGCCCAUAAUGCAUAUACAGAAAGAAUAUGAGUUUCAAAUGUACCUUUAUGUUUGCAGAAAAAAUGUUCAACUUUGUCUUUUAAAUUUUAUGUAUUCAUAUAUAUCUAUGAACAAAAAAAAAUAUUUCUAUAUGAGGCUGAGUUGUGAACAUUUCAUUAAUUUUUAUAAUUUAUAGAACCCAACAGAAACUUUGUUUUAAUGAGAAUGAAAUUUUAGCGUUUGGGCAGUGACGCAAAAACUAAGACCUGUGGCCCAUAUAAAGCACUUGAUGUGGCACUUUAAAACUCUUCGCUGCAAUGCAUAAUGUUUUCUUAUAAUUAUGUGGCCUGUGACAUACAUGUAGGACAUUUCAAUGGAUUCCAAGAUGAAGAAAUCUGGGCUCGACUGUUAGGCUAUAUAUAUAUAUAUAUAUCAAUAUAUAUUUUUUUUUAGGCCUGUAUCAAUUCUACCAAUAUAUAUUGUAUGUUGAAUUACACAUAAGAUAUAUAAGUGUAUAUAGAAAGAGAGAGGAGUGUGUGUUUAAAAAAUAUUGCUAAUACAGUGAAACUGAAUAAGUAUUACCUUUCUUGGUGUUCAUAUUCAACUCUUCUUUCAAUGUCUUGACUGACAUUCUUUUUUACUGGUGCCUAAGUGAAAUAUAUUUAUAUAUGUAUACAUUUUUAUUUAUAUGUAUAGUUAAUGCAUAUUUGUAUCUAGUGUUAGCUUCAAAGAGGAAUAAAAAAUUAAAAUAUAACAUUUUUACCAACAUUCUCAAAUGGUGCUAUGAAAUUGUAUGCAAACCUAUAGAGAAAUAGUGUAUGCUAUACAUGUGAUGGACAAUUUUCUUAUGAAUUAUUACAUAUGCCUUGUUCAGGAUAAGCUCUGUUUGCAUUGAACAAUGAACAAUUACUAAUUAAUUCAUAGGUAGGCUGAUUCUGAGGUAUAUAAAGGAGAUACAUUUUAUUUGGUUGAAAGGUGUUGUUUUUUUUUGUUACAUUACAUCAUAGUUUUAUGGUUUUCUUCAUUGCACUAGCUGUCCCAAAACUCUUCAAUCUCAUCUUCAAGUAUGCAUUAAUCUAUACAUGGAAUGACCUUGUUGCUACUAGUAUGUUUGAAGGUUCCAUCAAUGUGUUCAUUAGGACUUCUAUAGGGUAAUAUCUCUUUGGCUAGCACUAAUUAUGAGAGUCAGACCUGUGGCCUCCAGAUACAUUGGAACCCUAAAGCAAACCUCUCAUACAGUUCUAGUCAUUUUCUUAAUAGGGGUUUACAUUUUUUUUUUCUUUGCAUUAGUGUUCCUAGUAAUCUAUCAAAGUUGUCAAUUUUUUUUUUCUUUUUGUCCAUUUCUUAAAUUUGAGUCUGUUAUUUUCAAUAUAUUCUUGAGUUGUCUUUCCUAAUUUAAUGUUCCAUUUAAGGAGUUAUUUCCCAUUAAAAGUUCAAACGUUUCCAAAAUAGAUUCUUACAUUUAAAAGAAUGACUUAAGCUUAUAGACUUAUGAGGGUAGAAGAAUGGAAGAAUUGAUUAUAGACUUAUGAGGGUAGAAAAAUGGAAGAAUUAAUUAUAAAAUUUUUGCUGUUUGAAGAAACUAAUUUACAUUGCAGACACCAUCAUCCCAUUGUUAGUUUAGUUGAUUUUUUUGAGACUGUUUAAUGCAACUGUUCCUGUGUGUACAAUGUUAACUUCAAAAACAUUUGCCAAAGAAAGGCGAAAAAGACAAUGACUUUCCAUCUGAUGUGGCAAAAUAUGCAGGUCACAUCUGGGUUUGCAUGGUCUCGUGAAAAACUGCACUCAUCCUUAAUCCUUGGCAUCAAAGACUUUGCCUUACUAGCAAGCUUUGUAAAAACGUUUGUUACAUUUUUUUGUGCUUUAUGUCUCAAAUUUUGUGAUCUAAUCUUUUGUUUAAAUCUGUGUCAUUACAAAGUCUACAUUGAACAGUUUGAUUCACUUUUUUAAGUAGACUGUUUGAACAGACUCACUAGAGCUUACACUAUGUACCUAUUGCUCCUCAUAAUCUUCACUAUGUGUAUCAUAAUAUUUGAAAUCUUGACCAACAGAGUUCAAAUUCUUUCUAUAGCUUUGAUAGCAACCUGUCUGCAACUCUACAACUGUGACUUUGUCCCUGUGGGUUUGAACAGGCACUUGAUGAUGACUAGGUUUUAGGGAAUGUUAGCAACUUUGUCCUGGUAAUACUAACAUGUGGUCCUAAGGUUAACAAAUAGUUUGGGAUGUUCUUAAUUCUAUCACUGUGUUAGUAUUUCUGUUAAUGUUUUUUUUAAAAAAGCUUGUUUUUAAUAAAGUAGCUUUUCCAUAUUUUUGCCAUUAUUAUUAAUCUUGAGAAAUUUAGUUAUAUAUAUGUAGUUAUUUUUUAAACUUUUUGUUCUUUAGUUUGGUUGGGACAUUAUUUUGUAUCUGUACACCAGAUUAACACAUAGAAGGUAUUAUGAAUAAAAUAAAGUCAUGUUUUCAUUUGAAA